UGUUCUGGGAGGCGCUUGAGUGCAGUUCAACACACCCGCCUGACGCUCCGCUCGACGCCCAGGAAGAGAAACAGCUGCACAUAUAUCGCCACAAGUUUAAAGAUGUCGACUCAUUUGGUGUUUUAACAUGUAUUCGGUCGUGUAUAUGUUCCUGUGGUGUUAUUGAGGGUAAUAAUGCUGGAUGGUUGGACUAAUGAAGUUCAGUUUGGAUUUCGGCCGGUUACUGGGGCUCAGCGGCUCCAGUGAUGAAAGGCCAGAGGAGAUGGACACUGGUGCUCUCCCCGGGCCGAAUGACCACAUGAUCUCACAGGAUGUCUUAAAUGGUGAGGAGGGUCUUAGCGAGGAAGAGAAGGCCAGACGGAAAGCAGAGAGGCGCAAAGCCAAGAGGAAGCGUCAACGGCAGCGGAAGAAACUAGAACGGGUUAAAAAGGAUGAAAGUACUGAACAGGAGGAGGAUGAGAACGCUGGAGCUGAUUCUGACCUCGACGAGUCUGAGGAGUCUGAGCCAGAGGAGGUGGAAGAUAUUGGCCUUUCAAAGGUGGAAGAGAAGCCAGUCGCUCCUCCAAGUAAAAGUCUUUCUGAACCUCUGCUGGCUUCAGGGAACAAAAGCAACCGGCAGCCGCCGGCCCGUUCUAGUGAGGAGGACCCAGGGUGGGAUGUGAACAGUGCUUUUGUUGCCAAUGCUGUCAAUCACAUUCGACCCAAAGCUAAAAGUAAAGGAGCUCACAAGUCGAAAGAGAACAAGGAAAAUGAGAGCAGGACUGGAGAACAGGUCAUUGGCUUAUCAGAUGCUAAAACUAAAAGAAGUGCCUUACUAGUAGAAAAAGGGAUUCGAUUCGUUCAGGAGGGCCAGUACACAGAAGCUGUUAGUCUGUUUACAGAGGCCAUCAAAUGUGACCCAAAAGAUUACAGGUUUUUUGGGAAUCGCUCCUACUGCUACUGUUGUCUGGAGCAGUACCCUCUGGCCCUCGCAGAUGCUGAGAAGUCCAUCCAGAUGGCUCCUGAUUGGCCCAAAGGCUAUUACCGUAGGGGAAGUGCACUUAUGGGGCUUAAGAGGUACAGUGAAGCUGAGAAAGCCAUGGAACAGGUGCUAAAACUAGAUCGAGAUUGUGAAGAAGCCGUCAAUGACCUCUUGUACUCUAAAGUGCAACAACUUACGGAUCUUGGAUAUGAUGAGGAGCAAAGUAUUCAGUUGCUGGAAAAAUACAAUACAGUGCAGGCUGUUGUUGCAGCGAAGGCUUCAAAUCAGGACUGUGCUCUCCUCCUGCCGGGUCCUUGUAAUUCCCUGUGGGUGGGCAACGUGACCACAGAACUGACAGAGAAACAUCUGCGGGACCUGUUCAAAUCUUACGGAGAAAUUGACAGCAUUCGGGUUCUGCAUGAACGUUUCUGUGCAUUUGUUAACUUUAAGAAUGCCAACAUGGCCUCCCGUGCAAUGGAGAACCUCACAUGUGAGUGAAACGCUUAUAAUUCAUU